AUGGAGAAAAAUUUCAUCCAUCCUGCCAAGAUUGGCAAAGAUGAUAUCAGGAUUUCCCAUCUCCAGUACGUUGACGAUACAAUUUUUUUACUUGAGGACAAGGAGAGCAACGCAGUGGCUCUGAGGUAUAUGUUAAACAUUUUCCAGUUGAUCUCUGGGUUGGCGGUGAAUUUCAGUAAAAGCAGCUUGAUCGGAAUAGAGGUUGAAGACACAAAAAUCGAGAGGAUGGCAGCUGAACUCAGAUGCAAAGUGGGAGACUGUCCUUUUAAUUAUCUUGGUCUUAAAAUUGGAGUUGGAAGCAACAAAGUGGUGAAUUGGAGUUACCUUGUUGACAAGGUAAAAAAGAGAGUCAACGGGUGGACCACGAGGACUCUCUCCUUGGCGGGGCGUAUUACUCUGGUUAAAUCAGUCCUCAUGGUAAUUCCGAUUUAUCAACUCUCCUUCUCUUGUAUCCCAAAACAACCAUUAAGUCUAAAUUCUAUUUUCUGCAAAUUUCUUUGGGGAGAGAGUGCUAAUCUGGGGUCAAUUCCGUGGGUGAAAUGGAAUGAUUUAUGCACUGAUUUCAAAGAUGGUGGGCUGGGGUUUAAGAACUUGGAUUGGUUUAAUGUCGCGUUGGUGUCGAAAUGA